AGUAUAUUCCUUACUAACCCUUUCAAAAUAUAAAUACCUCACCACUAAUCCUCAAGGUUAAUACACAAAGCGAAGAAUUAACAGCAAAAAUCCCAUCAAAGUUUCUGGUUUUUUUGCAUUAGUAAUUUCAUCAGCAAUGGAAGGAAUAAUGGUGGUUUUCGACUUUGACAAGACGAUCGUUGAAUGCGAUAGCGAUAAUUGGGUAGUUGAUGAGUUGGGUUUUACAGAACGUUACAAUCAGCUUCUUAAUACCAUGCCAUGGAACUCUAUGAUGGACACAUUGAUGAAAGAGAUGCACACACAAGGAAUAACAACCGAUGACAUUGCUCGAGUUUUGAAAACAGUUCCGAUUCAUCCUCGCGUUAUUCCGGCAAUUAAAGCCGCCCAUGCUGCUGGAUGUGAUUUGAGGAUUGUAAGCGAUGCAAAUACGUUCUUCAUCGAGACCGUACUUGAUCAUCUUGGAUUAAAGAAUUGUUUCACAGAGAUUAACACAAACCCGGGUUAUGUUGAUGAACAAGGGAGAUUAAGGAUAUUACCAAUUCAUGAUUUCACCAAAACUCCUCAUGAAUGCAACAACCCUUGCCCUCCAAACAUGUGCAAGGGUUUGGUGAUAAAAAGGUUAUUAAGUGAGCAUAACACCAAGAAAUUCAUAUACUUAGGAGAUGGAAUUGGAGAUUAUUGCCCUUCAUUAAGGCUAAGAGAAGGUGAUCAUGUUAUGCCAAGAAAGAAUUAUCCAGUUUAUGAUAUGAUUUCAAGCAAUCCAAUGCUUAUUAGAGCCAAGAUCCAUGAAUGGGCUGAUGGUGAAGAUCUGGAACGGAUUCUACAGUCUCUAAUCCAAGAAGAUAUCAUCAUCUCUUCUAAUGGAGAUAAUGAUAAUAAUGUUAGUCGAUUGUUCGAGUUUGAUUGCAAGCUUGGGGUUUUGCCUGUUAUUUCCCAUAGAGCUUUGCCUCAAACUGUAUGUUGGCGUUUUUAGAAGGUGGAAAGGAAAACCCUCUGUAAUUUUUGUUUGUUUGUAGAAUCAAAACUAAAGAGAAUCCCUUAGAUUUUUUGUAUUUGUUUUUUAGGGUUUGAUCUUAGGUUUAUGUAACUAAAAUUUAUUUCUCAAUUG